UUCUGAUUCAAUUAGUUGAUUUUAGUACGGUUUGGUUCUAACUAAUCAAGCCUGAUGUCGAAGCAUCUUUCUAUUUCCGUAUAAAACGGUAGAACCUCCCGACCGGACUGCACGAUGCCCGUCGCCUCUUCAAAGCAACUGCUAUCGGCUAACGUGCGCAUAUCACAUUUCGUUCCGUUGGCUCUUAACUCUUCCCUCGCCUCACCGCUGUCUUGCUCCAUUUGUCCUAAAAGCUUAUCCUUAGCGGAGAAAGAGGUUAGAGUUUUUACGAAAGCAUCAAUGGCUGAUUUUGCUACUGGAGAGAGGAAGGCCAAAGUAAAAGUGUUCGAUUCAGAAGACGAAUUAAAGGCGUCUUUGGCGAAAUACACUGCCGAUUUAUCGGAGAAAUUUUGCGCAGAGCGAGGCUCCUUUUCCGUAGUUUUCUCCGGCGGGUCUCUCAUCAAGUGUCUCGGGUGAUGCACUAAUGCGUCGUCUACUUCUACAUUUCGUUAUCCUCAUCUUUAUAAUUGUUACUCCGUAUUAUUUUUCUUGAAAUUAAAAAUUAGAUCAAUGCCUGACAGAUUGAGUUUACAACGAUAGGAAAUUACUAGAACCUCCGUAUGUUGACUCUGUGAAUUGGUCAAAGUGGCACAUUUUCUGGGUGGAUGAGCGCGUGGUACUAAAGGAUCAUCCAGAUAGCAAUUACUUGCUCGCUUAUGAUUCUUUUCUAUCCAAGAUACCCAUUCCUGCUGGUAAUGUGUAUGCCAUAAAUGAGGCCUUGUCUGCUGAAGGUGCAGCAGAUGAUUAUGAGACUUGUCUCAAGCAUUUGGUCAAAACCAAGAUAGUAUGCAUGUCUGAGUCUAGUGGAUUUCCACAAUUUGAUCUAAUACUGUUAGGAAUGGGUCCCGAUGGCCAUGUUGCUUCUCUAUUUCCUGGGCACCCUGUUCUCCAGGAGAAACAGAAGUGGUUUACGUUCAUUACGGACUCUCCUAAACCUCCUCCAGAAAGGAUCACUUUCACAUUACCUGUUAUCAACUCUUCUGCAAACAUUGCUCUUGUUGUAUCCGGCGCUUCCAAGGCAAAAGCUGUGUAUUCAGCAUUGAGGGAUGGCAGUCAAAAUCCCAUUUCAUUGCCGGUACAAAUGGUUUCGCCUGGAGGGGAACUUGUCUGGUUUUUGGAUAAGGGAGCUGCCUCAGAGCUCUAAGUAUGCAUGUAUAUAUGUAAUCUCAAUGGUUGUGUUGUGCUUUUGAUGGUUUCUCUUGUAUAUACAGGCAAUAAAGCGGAUUGGUAUACCUUUACACUCUAUAGGUUGAGCAUAAUAGGAAUAUAGGAUACCCGAUCCCAAUGUGUUUAAGGACUACACAGGAAAACGUUUUGACAAGGUUUGAAUAGUUUUGGGUCUUUUUUCUUGCAUAUAAAUUCUUUACCCG